UCUCCGGUUUCUUAUCGUGUGUGCCUGCGCCUCCCAGCCGAAGCGAGAGCGAGAGCGAGCGGAGCCCCUCUCCCUCUCUCUCGGCACAGCCAAACGACGAGUCAGAAACAGAGCGAAACCGAGACGCGCGUUAGAGUCUACCAAGCUUAUCCCUCCGCCGUCCGCCUCCGCCUCUCGUUUCCUUCACAGUUCACACACACCCUGUCACCCAGUCAGUCGGCCGGUCAAGCCAAGCCGCCUGCCUCCGCUUAUAUAUCGCCGCCGCGUGCCCGCUCCCGGUUCGCCCCCUUGCUUCCUCUCUCUCUCUGUGUUCGUGUGCCUGCUCUGCUCUCCCGAACCCCGGUCACCACCAGGUAAACUAACCCAGCACCAGCCACUCAAUAUAAACGCACGUACUCUUCACGCCAAAGCAGCAACUCCGACCUACUACAAGCUAACUAGCUCCUUCACACUCGUGGUCGUGGUACUGUACUACUGUGCGCCCUCCUUUUGGUCUGACCUGUGACGCUACCUGCGACGCGUCGAGACAUGGCACUCACGGCGUUCGAGACCGCGGAGCAGCGCCUGCCGUGCCACGCCGAGCAGGCCGACGCCGGCGGCAAGGUGGCCGCUGCUGCUGCCGCCGAGCAGGCCGUGCCGCUGCAGGAGGCGGACCACGGCGGCCGUCUCGAGAGGGACGACAUAUGGAACAUGAUCCAGUCGCAGAAGCCCGCGGCCCCGGCGUUGACGCCGAAGCAGGCGCCGUACGUGCCGGCCCCCGUGCGCCGCUCCUCCAGCCUGCUCACCCAGAAGAGCCUGGAGAUCUGCACCGAGAGCCUCGGCUCCGAGACUGGCUCCGACGGCUUCUCCGACGCCACCGACCGCUCCUGCCCGGGCUCCGACGACGACGGCGAGGGCGGCGCCAACGGGGUGGCCGCGCGCGCCAUUCCGCCCCGCGCGUUCCCGCCGCCGCUGCCGUCGCUGGCGCGCCGCACCGUGGGGUCGCUGCAGAUGAGGCAGCACCGCCGCGACGGCCGCCUCGUCGUCGAGGCCGUCCCCGUGCUGUCCAACACCCUGUUCCGCUCGCAGCGCCGUGGCGGGCGCCUGCUCCUCUCCUUCGCCGACACCGCCGCCCCCGCCGAGGACGAGGGGAAGAACCACGCCCAGGAAGCCGAUCAGCAGCAGGCCGACGAGCAGACCCACGAGGAGGAGGAGGACGAUGACGGCGAGGAGGAGGUCCAGGUCGUGGACAGAGGCACCGUCGUCGAGGUCAAGGUCAGCACGCAGCCCCAGGCGCACAACAGUGGGGCGCGGGUGCACCGCUCCUCGCUCGUCAUCAACAAGUUCGUCGGCGCCGAGCCCGUCAACGCCUCCGAGAUCAAUGACACCGCCGCUGCACCGCAGCAGCCACCCAAGCCUCCGAGCAGUUCGGAGGCCGGAGCUCCGGCUGUAAGCGCGACUGCGACACUGCCUGACCCGGAAGAUGACGGCACUGCUGCCACGCCCUGCGAGGGCAAGGUGCUGAUGACGAUGAGGAGGCGGCGGAGCAAGCAGGAGCUGCUCAACCACAUGCGCCGGUGCGGCCAGCUGAGCGGGCAGCUCUUCAUAUGGGAGCCGCGCGUCGCCACCUCCUCCUGAGCCGAUCGUCGCACACGGCCCGCCGGCGCCGCCGCCUCCUGAUUCCGUCCGAUUCCAUGCCUCCACGAGUGCCCUGUUUCUGUUUGUUUGUAGCCGUUGCUGCUGCCGGUGUAACGUAAGCGUGCGUAAUAUAUGGAUGUUUGUGUUAGUAGUAAGUGAUAAUCACGUGCUUGGCUUAGCCGUAUGAGCGAGUGCGAGUGAGAGCGAGAGAGGUUGAUUGCUUUGGUUAUCCACGUGCCUCCGCGCACGUGUUGUAUCUACUUGCGUGCUAUCCAGUGGUCAUAAUUUAAGAUAAACACGAAUGUUUGUGUGAUUUUUUUUUA